UCCACUAGGGUUUAUCCCCUGUCCAUUGCCACCCCCAAAAACCUCCAUGGCCGGAGCGCCAAACCCCACCGCCGCCGCCGCCGCCAUCAUCCGUUCCCACCCUCACCCCGCCCCAGCUGACCCAUGAUCACCCGCCGCGCGGCGGCUGUAGCCCUACGCGCCUCCCUGCGACGCACCUGCUCUACCCACGCCGCCGACUCCGCCGACCCCCUGCUAGGCCUCGUCGACGCCUCUACUCCGCACCCCGAGCCCCGCCUCUCCCCCGAAGACUUCGCCUUCAUUAAAGAGCCCGCCCCUGCUCUCCCCGCCGCCGCCCUCCCACCGCCCGAGGUCAUCCUGAUCUCCAAGGCGAUCCGAGCCUACGGCGCCGACUUCGACGGCAAGGCGGAGCGGUUCCUGCGGCGGUACCGCGAGUUCCUGACUGAUUCCGUGGUGGUCGCAGUGCUCAGAGCGGUGCGCUCCCCGGAGCUCUGCGUCAGGUUCUUCCUUUGGGCCGAGCGGCAGGUGGGUUACAGCCACACUGGCGCCUGCUACGACGCGCUCGCCGAGAUUUUAGGAUUUGAGGACCCCGCCAGGACCGCUGAGAGGCUGCUUAGGGAGAUUGGGGAGGAUGAUCGUGAGGUGCUCCGCAGAUUGCUCAAUGUGCUGGUGCGGCGAUGCUGCCGCCACGGCCUGUGGGACGAGGCCCUGGAGGAGCUUGGGAGGCUGAAGGACUUUGGAUACAGACCAUCGGCAGUGACCUACAAUGCAUUGGUGCAGGUGCUCGCCAGCGCGGGGCAGGUGGAAAUGGGGUUCCGGGUGCAGAAAGAGAUGUCUGCAUCGGGGUUUUGCAUGGACAGAUCAACUAUUGGUUACUUUGCACAGGCGCUGUGCAAGGUGGGACGUUGGGCCGAUGCACUUAACAUGCUAGAGAAGGAGGAUUUCAAUCUUGACACAGUGUUGUGCACCCAGAUGAUCAGUGGAUUGAUGGAGGCCUCCCUUUUCAACGAGGCAAUGUCAUUUCUUCAUAGGAUGCGGUGCAACUCGUGUAUCCCAAAUGUGGUAACAUAUAGGACACUGCUCUCAGGAUUUCUGAAAAAGAAGCAGUUUGGUUGGUGCAAGAGGAUCAUCAACAUGAUGAUGACAGAGGGUUGCAAUCCAAACCCUUCAUUGUUUAACUCACUUGUGCAUGGUUACUGCAAUGCUGGUGAUUAUGCAUAUGCAUACAAACUGUUCAAUAGGAUGACUACUUGUGGUAGCCCUCCUGGUUAUGUUGCAUACAACAUAUUUAUUGGAAGUAUUUGUGGUCAAGAAGAAUUGCCAAAUGCUGAGUUGCUAGAUUUGGUGGAGAAAGUUUACGAGGAGAUGCUGGCUGCUAGUUGUGUUCUUAAUAAGGUUAACACUGCCAAUUUUUCUCGGUGCCUUUGUGGUGUGGGCAAAUUUGAAAAGGCAUUUCAGAUAUUGAAGGAGAUGAUGAGGAAAGGUUUUGUUCCUGAUACAAGCACAUACACUAAGGUGAUCACUUUCCUGUGUCAGGCUAAGAAGGUAGAAAAAUCUUUCCUUUUAUUUCAAGAGAUGAAGAGGGCAGGUGUUAAUCCUGAUGUGUACACAUACACAAUUUUGAUCGAUAGUUUUUGUAAGGCUGGUCUCAUUGAACAAGCCCGCAGCUGGUUUGAUGAGAUGAGAAGUGUGGGCUGCUCUCCAAAUGUCGUAACAUAUACUGCAUUGCUUCAUGCUUACUUGAAAUCUAAGCAGCUCAUUCAGGCUCAUGACAUUUUUCACAGAAUGGUUGAUGCUGCCUGUUAUCCAAAUGCCGUCACAUAUAGUGCACUAAUUGAUGGUCUCUGUAAGGCAGGUGAAAUCCAAAAGGCUUGUGAAGUCUAUGAGAAGUUAAUAGGAACUUCUGGGAAUGUAGAAUCUGAUUUCUACUUUGAAGGGAACGACACAUGCACCAUUGCUCCAAAUGUUGUCACCUAUGGUGCACUCAUAGAUGGUUUGUGCAAAGCUCAGAAGGUGUCUGAUGCUCAUGAGUUGUUAGAUGCUAUGUUAGCAGCUGGCUGUGAGCCCAACCAGAUUGUAUAUGAUGCUCUGAUCGAUGGUUUUUGCAAAAUUGGAAAAAUUGAUAAUGCUCAGGAGGUAUUUCUGCGGAUGACUAAGUGUGGCUACUUGCCUAGUGUGCACACAUACACCUCCUUGAUUGACCGUAUGUUCAAGGAUGGACGACUUGAUCUUGCUAUGAAAGUAUUGUCUGAAAUGUUAAAUGAUUCCUGUAAUCCUAACGUCGUUACUUACACAGCUAUGAUUGAUGGGCUCUCUAAAGUAGGUGAAAUUGAGAAGGCUCUAAACCUGCUGUCGUUAAUGGAAGAGAAGGGGUGCAGUCCAAAUGUUGUAACUUACACCGCUCUGAUAGAUGGACUAGGAAAAACUGGUAAAGCUGAUGCAAGUCUCAAGCUUUUUAAGCAAAUGAAUUCAAAAGGAUGUGCUCCAAAUUAUGUUACAUACAGGGUACUGAUAAACCAUUGCUGUGCUGCUGGCCUUUUGGACGAGGCACAUUUACUGCUUGAUGAGAUGAAGCAUACCCACUGGCCAAAGCAUUUGCAAGGAUACCACUGUGCAGUUCAGGGUUUCAGCAAGAAGUUUAUUGCUUCUCUUGGUUUGUUGGAGGAGAUGGAAUCACAUGAAACAGUACCUAUAGCUCCUGUUUAUGGAAUGCUCAUUGAUAGUUUUUCCAAGGCUGGUAGACUGGAGACAGCCUUGGAAUUGCACAAAGAGCUGGUGGAAGUCUCAUCAUCCCUAAAUAUGACCAGCACGGGCAUGUACGCCUCACUAAUACAGGCACUUUGUUUAGCAUCUCAAGUUGAAGAAGCAUUCACAUUAUAUACUGAAAUGACGAGGAAAGGCAUUGUGCCAGAUUUAAUUGUCUUUGUUUCCCUCGUAAAGGGACUGAUUGAAGUGAAUAAGUGGGAUGAAGCGCUCCAGUUGUGUUAUGGCAGGUGCCAUGAGGGUGUGAACUGGCAAGACAACAAAUCCUUUGAUGGAGGGUAGAGCUGAAUUGCAACGUCCCAUUUUUCCCUAAGGAGUUAUCCAGAGACAAAAAUGUGCAACUCAUGGAUGACUGAAGAAAGACAGCACCCAGAACAAGGAGUAGCACUGCAGAAAGAUCGGAUUGAUUCUUAAGCUGCACUAUAUGACGUAUGUGGGUGCUGAAGGCUAUGGUGAUGAUUGAAAGCCUUCAGGAUACAGCAUGCAGUCAAAUUGCGCCUAUGGGUGGCUGGUUCAUCUUCUGAUGGACAAAUGAAUAUAGGUGGUUGUCAAGACUAGUCUUUGUAUAUACAAAAAGGUGGUGAUGGUUAUGGCGAAGUCUUACUAUGCGGUGAAGAUAAUUUGAAAGUUUCAUAACCCUUUACUCAGUCAAGGAUAUAUCAUAUCUACCCUUCCAGGUCCUUCAAUAUUUGCUCUAGUGAUAGAGCUCAAGUUGUUUUGUAAUCAUAAGACCGUACUCAAAUAUCUUUCAUCCUUUUGUUCCAGAGCAAUUUGUGUGGUGUAUUGCUUUGAUAUGUUUUAACUGUAAAUAUCCACCAGCUUCUAUCAUAGUGUAACAUUUCACCUGUUUUCCUUAAAGCGUCAAAAUUUUGGCCUCUUCUUCUCUUUUGGCAUUUUGGAACAUUUAUGUCCUCAUUGAUGUCAGCAUGUUUCAGAUGUUAA